AUGGCUUCUGAACCGUCGCCAGAUGUGCCGCCGGGCAAGAAGAGAUUCAUCCCGCUGGAGAACAAUCCGGACGUCAUGUCGUCACUUGUCCACAAGCUCGGCCUGUCCCCGAAGCUCGCAUUCCACGACGUCUUCAGCAUCGACGAGCCCGAACUUCUUGCCUUUGUACCUCGCCCGGCCCACGCCCUACUCCUAGUCUUCCCGGUUAGUGAGACAUACGAGAAGUUCCGCAUCCAGGAAGACCAAAGCCAGCCCGAAUAUGAGGGCCACGGCCCAGGAGAAGAGGUCAUUUGGUACAAGCAGACAAUAGGCAAUGCCUGUGGUCUUAUCGGCCUGCUCCACGCUGUCUCUAAUGGUGCAGCGCGAUCCAAUAUUGAACCAAACUCGAACCUGGCUAAGCUAUUGGACGACGCUAUCCCACUCAAGCCUGUCGAGCGAGCCCACCUCCUCUACGAAUCCGAAGCACUUGAGAGUGCGCACCAGGCUGCCGCCUCCGGUGGUGACACAUCUGCCCCUGCUGCCGAAGACAAUGUCGAUCUGCACUACGUCUGCUUUGUCAAGUCCGAGAACAACCACCUCUGGGAGAUGGAUGGCCGACGCAAGGCUCCUCUUGAUCGUGGCGCACUCGGCCCGGAUGAAGAUGUCCUCAGCGAGAAGGCGCUCGAUCUUGGAGUGCGCAGCUUCCUUAAACGCGAGGUAGCAGGCGAACGUGGCGACUUGCGAUUCAGUCUCAUCACUUUGGCCGAGUCGCUAGACUAG